AUCAACGAAUCCAAAGACUAUGCAUUCUCCAAUAAAACAUUUUCUUUUGGCGAUUUCUGCCAAGAGAUAGCAAUAUUGCAACCUUAUUCCCUUUGAGUAUUUUUAUACUACGCAUGUGCUAAGUACUGAGUUUACAGGAAUUGUAAUUGUUCGUCCAUUGUAAUAACAAUAAAACGUAGCGGUGUUGCAUGGCCUGAAGGAAGGGGAGAGUAUUGUUGUAACUUGUAUAUGUAAUAUUUCAAAUUUGUAUCUUUAUGGGAUCGCAUAUAUUUCACGGUCGAAGAAUGAACGACAGAUUUGAAACAGACAGUGAUACCCAUGACAGAGAUUCUGAUAGUGAUCGUGAUAGAGAUAUUGCUACGAUAUUGCAAUACUUAAUCAGAAGUGGCCAGGUACGCAUCAUUGCUGCAACUUCACCUCUUUUAUACGAUGAAGAAUCAGAUGAUGAGCUGUGUCAUAAUCGUACUCCUCCAAAAAUUGACCGCCAUCCGGACACAUCACGACUCAAGGGUAGUGAUUUAAGUCAAGUUAUAAAACUUAACUCUGGAGCAUUGAAUGAUAGACCUGCUAAUUCCACAUCAGGAAUGAAUCCUCUACUGUCCAUGUUGAGAUGUAGAGAAGUGGGCAUGAAUGGAAGGCUGUGUUUCUCUCAAGGUGAUAGGUGCCAAAUUACUCAAAGAGUUCUUCCAAACAAAAAGGAUAUGUUGGAUAGGUACCAUGGUAAAGUAUUCUGUGGAACUUUUGCAAGAGAUGGAGAUGUUUUCAUGUCUGCAGCGCAAGAUUAUUGUAUUAGGUUGUAUGAUACCAGCAAUGGUCGAUUUAAACUGAAACGUACUAUAGAAGCAAGAGAUGUUGGUUGGAGUAUAUUAGAUACUGUAGUAAGUCCUGAUGGAAGCAAUUUCAUUUACUGUAGUUGGUCAGAAUGUAUACACAUAUGCAAUGUUUUUGGGGAUCAAGAAGUUCAUGAAGCUCUCCCUCUUUUCCCUGAAGAAAGACGCUUUUGUGUCUUUGCUUUGAGAUUUUCUCAGGAUGGUCGUGAGAUACUUGGAGGGGCAAACGAUGAAUGUCUAUAUGUAUAUAACAGAGAAGAAAACAAAAGGACGUUAAAAAUUCGUUCACAUGAAGACGAUGUAAAUACUGUUGCUUUUGCUGACAACACUUCUCAAAUUCUGUUUAGUGGUGGAGAUGAUGGUAUAUGUAAGGUUUGGGAUCGUCGAACUCUGUGUGAAGCACAACCAAAACCUGUAGGGAUACUUGUAGGACACGAAGAUGGGAUUACCUAUGUUGAUUCUAAAGGUGAUGGCCGUCAUCUCAUUACAAAUAGUAAAGAUCAAACUAUAAAACUGUGGGAUAUGAGAGCUUUUUCACCACCUUCAAGUAUUGAAGGAUCCCGAAGAGCGGUUGCUUCUCAUAACUGGGACUACAGGUGGCAGAGAGUACCAUCCAGUUUAAACAAACACAAGCGCAAACUGCCAGGGGAUACUUCUUUGAUGACUUACAGAGGCCAUAGUGUAUUACAGACGCUUAUACGUUGCCAUUUUUCACCUGAAGCAACAACAGGACAAAGUUACAUAUACACUGGUUGUGCUCAAGGUCGAGUAGUUGUUUAUGACGUAUUAACUGGCAAGAUAAAAUCAAUUUUAAGUGGUCAUUCGGGUUGUGUACGUGAUGUAUCUUGGCAUCCUUAUCGAAAUGAAAUUAUGAGCAGUUCGUGGGAUGGAACAGUUUUCAAGUGGACUUAUAAUAAAACUGAAAUUGAUUCUGAUUCAGAAGAGCUUUCAAAUGUUUACACACAAGUUAGAGAGAAUGAUGUAUCUGGCUCAUCUGGUCUUCGCAGGUCCCAACGUUUAGCUGACCAACAAAGAAAAAGACAAGAAUUAGAAAUGUUAGAUGCAUGUUGAGUGCAAAUGUAUAAAUUUUUAGUCCCAACAGAUCCAGAUUUCUAACACAGUUUGAAAACCUGAUGUGAUAACUACUUACGGUAGGAAACAUCAGACAGUUUUUUAGAGUAUUUGUAUGAAAUAGAACAUUAUGAUGCUUUUUUUUUUUUUUUUUUUUUUUUUCUUUCUUUCUUUCUCUCAUUUGCUAUAUUUUAGUAAGAACAGUGUGUGUUUAUUUCUAAAUCUGAUAAUAUAUUUAAUUGCUCUUAGGCAGUUUUGUGUGAUUUUUUAUGAUGUAUAGAAUAAUUUUUUACUUUAAAGAAACAAAUUAUGAAAAUUAUUAAUGAAAAGAUUAAUAGUUUGUGUUAUAUGUUAAAAACUACAACAAAAACUUUUUUCAAAAUAAGAAAUUAGCAGGCUGGAAAUAUUUUCAACAUUUGGUGGCAUUUUUACAUCAGUUUCUGUGAAACAUACUUAACUUUCUGUAUUAUUCCUGAAUAAAAAUUUAAAAUAAUCUUUGUAGUUUUAUAUGCCUCUACUGUAAUGAGCAGCUAUUUAAUUUCUUAACAGCAUUAAUGAAAAUUUUGUUUUAAGAUUUUGUACAAAUACAGGUCUCUCUCACUUAAUGAAAAUUUAUUCUGCAGUGUUUUACUGUUAAGGACUUGCAUUAGUAUCUACAUUCUUUUAAUGAAAGAAGUUUUAAAAGAAUAUUUGUAAAAGGGGAAGGAAAAGGUAAAAAUAGCAUUAGCUAGUAAAUCAAAGAAAUCCAAAGAGGAUUUUGCAUUUACAAAAAUAUUAUGUUUCACAAUAUUUGAUUAUGUAUUUCUUUUUUUUCUUUUUCCUGUGCUGCUAGAGUAAUGUCAGACCACACCCUAGAAUACAGUAAUCAAACGUUUUCUCAUUCCUUUUGUGGAAAGUGACUCUAGACUGAGGAAAUACUUUUUCUAUUUAAUUAAAAAAUAUGUGUUUAUCAUAUAAUUACUUUAGUAUACAUUAAUGUAGAUUUUGAUUUUUUUUUAAGUGGUCUAUUUUAAUUUGUUAGUUUGUGUAAUUUAGGGCAAGUUAGGUUUUGGACCUGGAAAUAUUAAAGCGUUUUCUGAUAUAAAUUAAUUAGAAAUUCUUUUUGGCUUUCUGCCAUUUCAGCUUUUGAAAGGUUUCAUUGGCAUAGGAAUAUUGUAUCUUUGAAAAGUGGGGAAAACCUGUACGAAGGAGAUCUAUAAAAAGACAUUGCUAUUUUUCAUUUAUUUUAAAAUAAAAAUAAAAGAUAUUUAGUACAUUUUAGAUGCUCUUUGCCAUAUAUUUGUUUUAAUACAGUAUUUCUUUGUAAUACAAUUUUUUUUUUUUUUUUUUUUAAUGGUAACAAACAAUUUGUUAAUUUGUUACAAUACUACACUGUGCCUUUGUCACUUACUCAUGAUUUUUUACUUUUGUUAGAAUAUUGUUACAAGCAUGGUGCUUGUUGUAUAUGUAUUUGUUGCAAUAUGUACUGCUUUGAAAGCAUUUUCAUACCAAAUUUUUAAGAUAAUCAUCAUAUAUAUAUGUGUGUGUAAUGUAUAUACAUAUAUUAUUAAAGGAUCGCUUUAUUUGCUAUAAAGAUAUUUUUAUGUAAAGGAAAACAUCAAAUUUUGGAAUUUAGGAAAGAACAUACUGUCAAUAUGUAAACUUUCAUUAAACAUGAAGCAAGUGUACUUUUUAAAAUAUAAAACAGUUGUAAUACAAGUUGUUUAUUUGGAAAACUAUGCAAGAAUGUUGUUUCAUGAAAUCCCUUUACUAAAGAAAUAUUUUGUAUUAUAUAAUUCAGUUUGAGUUGAAAAGUUUGUGUAUAUUCAUAUGAUUAUAUAUUCUUAUAAUUGUACUGCAUAGAAGCUGAAAGUAAUGCAAUUGCCUUUGAAUAAUUUAUCAUAUGCGUAAAUUUUAACCUUUUAGUUAUUCGAUUAAAUUUUUAUUUUUAUAAUAUAUACAUAUAUAUUAGAGAAGUUAAUUGUUUAUGUGAAAUGUAUUUCUCUAGAAUCCAUUUGAUUGAUAAGAAUACUUAAAUUUGCAUAGUUUUUUUUUUUAUAAAAUCGUAAAGGGGGGAGAAAAGAAAGAAUGUCAGCAGUUGCUAUUAGGGUGUAAUAAUUACUCAGUUUUGUUCUAAUUAUAUCAUUUAUUCAUAAAUCUUAAUUAAUAGUAUUAAUCAACUCUAGAGAGUUGUAAUAAUGUUUAUUACUGAUAACCAACAUAAAUUACUGCAACUAAACUAACCUAAUGCAUUAUUAUGCUAGAAGGAUAUUGUUGUUAUAUUUUUAAUACAUGGGAUGCCAGAUGCUUUCUUUCUUUUGUUGUUGUUGUUAUUUUAUGACUUUUAAAUUAAAACUUACAUUUAAUAAGAUACUUUAGUUUUAUAUUACCAAGUUAAUGUUCCUUUAAAUUUUUAAUACAGCCUUUAGUAAAUUAUAUAUUGUUCUGUGUUCAUAGGUUUUAUUUCAUGUUGAGUAAUUAAUUUUCUUAAUCCUAUAAAACUGACAGUGGUUAUAAUUCAUGUACAAUUUUUGCUUGCAUUUUUUUAGACCCAAGUGAAACUUUCGACACCAUAGAAACAAAAAUUAGAUAAUCAGCCAAAAGAGGCUUCCUAAUAUUAAAAUAACAAGUAAAGGCUGAAAGAAAUUGAUGCUGCAUAAGUACUGUCAAAAAAAUGUUUUCAUGCAGUCAAAAGAAUAAUUUACAUAAAUGUCAUAAAAUGUUCUCUGUACAAACGUCAUUGAUUAAAAUAAUUGACAUAAAAUUCAAUUGCUAAUGUAAUAAAGGUUCUUUAUUUAAUGAAA